GCCCUAAUUGAAUCCACCGCGUGUGCGUGCGCUUCUCCGUGCGUGUGUGUGAGAAGGAGAGGAGCUUCCUCCAUGGUGCCUUGCGCUCCUGUCAGCACAAUGGCUGCGCUCGAAUGAGGAUAGCGUCUUCGCCCCUGAUUAAGGAACGAUGAGGAGGAAAGGUCAGUGCGGUUGCCAACGAAGUUGUACAAGGUUGUAGUCAUUGGCUGUGGAUUCCUGAGGUCUUUUAUAGGCCUGUUUCCAUAGCAACCUCCCGGUCCUCCCAAGGACGGCCGCCAAACGUUUCACCUCCUUCCACCACAAAAAGAAAAGCGACCCCGUGAACGCCAGCGGAAUGGACACAGAGUCGACCCACUCGGGCUACUCCAGCCGCUCGGGGAGGUCGAACCGACAUGGCGAGCGGGGCCGCGAACGUCACAAGGCCUGCGGCAGUAAAGACAGCAGCCGCUCGGAGAAGUCGGUCAUCAUUAAUCCCCCGGAGACGUCCUCCCAAGAUUCGCCGGUGCACAAUGGCGAGCCGCUGCCGGGGGAGCCCUCGCCAGGGGCGGAUCCUGGUGAAGAGGGCCAGGAUGACAACUGGGGGGAAACCACCACGGCAGUGACCGGCACCUCCGAGCUAAGCAUUUCCCAGGAGGAAGUGGUGGGCUUGGGCAAGGGCAUACAGGACCGGACCCGAGGUUUCCGCCGCUACCUCCCCUUAGCUGUCGGCCUUUGCGGGGGUGUGCUGGUGCUGGCCACCCCACUGGUCUUCCUCCUCCUGCCCGUAAUAAUGUGGCCCGAAAGACUGCAGCCUUGCGGCGCCGCCUGCGAAGGUCUCUUCCUGUCCCUCUCCUUCAAGCUCCUCAUGCUCCUCACGGCCAUCUGGGCUCUGUUUCUCCGGCCAGCCCGCGCCAGCCUGCCGAGAGUGUGUGCGUGCCGGGCCUUCCUCACCACGCUCACCCUACUGCUCACCAUGUCCUACUGGCUCUUCUACGGUGUCAGGAUCCUUGAUGCACAGGACGAGGACUACCACGGUGUGGUCCAGUUCGCCGUGUCCUUGGUGGAUUCCCAACUCUUUGUGCACUAUCUGGCCGUGGUGCUGCUGGAGCUUCGCCACCUGCGACCGUGUUACAGCGUGUGCGUCAUCAGAUCAACCGACGGAGAGACGCGUCAUUACAACAUCGGACAGCUCAGUAUUCAGAACGCAGCUCUCACGGUCUUGGAGUAUUACUACCGAGAUUUCCCGCUCCACAACCCGGCGCUCCUCUCGGCCUCCAAGCACCGUGCCGCCAAGCACCUGGCCGGAUUAAAAGUCUACAAUGUCGACGCUCCGGGGAGCGCGGCGGGGGCGCAGCCUGCUAAUGGAAACCAGUCCCAGGCCAUGAUCGCAGCCGCCGCCAAACGCAAAGACAGCGCCCAUAAUGAGCUGUACUACGAGGAGGCCGACUACGAGAGACGAGUACGCAAACGGAAAGCCAGGUUGGUGGUGGCGGUGGAGGAGGCUUUUACGCACGUGCGGCGCAUGAAGAAGGAGGACGAGCGCGCCACGCCUUCAGACAUCAUGGAUGUGCGGGAAGCGGCUCUGGCCAUUUUCCCCUCCAUGGCCCGUGCCCUGCAGAAAUACCUCCGCACCACCAGGAGGCAGCAGUGUCACAGCAUGGAGAGCAUCCAGAAGCACCUGGCCUUCUGUCUCAUCAAUAACAUGAGCCCCAAGGCCUUCCUGGAGACGUACCUAUCCCCUGGCCCCACCCUGCAGUACGGCCCCGAGCGCUGGAUGGCCGACCAGUGGACGCUGGUGAGCGAGGCAUCGGUAACGAGCGGCGUCAAGGACGGCAGCGACUUUGUGCUCAGGUGCCUCGACUUCAAUGUCGCCGUCACCAUCAAGAGCAUCCCGUACAUCCGAGUGAGUGAGGAGUACGUCGACCCAAAAUCGCACAAGUUUGUGCUUCUGCUCCAGUCGGAAACUUCAGUGUAACGGCCGUUUGUUCCUCUGGACCUACAGGACUCUUACAAUUACUGCAUUUACCUUCUCAAGAAGGCUUUUUGUUUUUUUCAUCUUUUGCUGACAUAAUCCGACAGGAAGAUACAUGGAUUUUCUAUCUUGACAUCCUGUAUGCACUACUAAAAGACUUUUUGCAUGUGGACGAGUGGGUGACUUUUUAGGAUGCAAAAAUGUGUUUUUAUGGGAGACAUUUGCCAAAUGCGUAGCUGGAAAAAUAACAAAAAGAAGACUGCUAGUUUUGAAUGAUGUAGCUGUUGGUAAACAGUCUGUACAGUAUUUAUAUGUGAAUGUGCAUUAUUCCCUGCAUACUUUUUAUAUUAAAACUGUGCACUGCUUGGAUUUUUUUUUUUUUGUGCAGUAAAACGAUUGUGAAUUUGUAUGUGAUAUCAUCAAACACUGGAAUCACCACAGUCGAUGUUUCAUAUCUGAGUGUGUACUAUGCUGUUUUUUUAUUACAUUUUUUUAUAUCUAAAAGUAUUACAGCACUUCUCAGCAGCAUGAGACUGAACAUAUUAUAUAUGAAUAGUCAGCGAUUACAGGGAACAUUUCUAAAAAAAACAAAAGUAACGUUUUUUGGUUGUUUUUAUUUUUUUUUUUACGGUAAGCGUUAUUGCUCUAAUUCAGUAGUGCAAUGUUUGGGUCACGAGUCGUCAGCAUGGGUGUCUCACUGCUGCCACCUAUUGACCAUUUUUACAACCUGCACAUGUCAAACUACAUUCACUUGUGAGGGGAAAAUGUGCAUUUUUAAAUUUGAAAUUGGCAACUCACUGUUACGUACUGUUGUCACCGAUGUAGUUUAGUGUUUUAUAAUGUUGAUGACUGUACAUACUUUGUCUUGACCUAAACAUUUAUUCUCAAAUUGUGUACGUGUGUACUGUAUGUGUGUGUUAUGCAUUUGUUAUGAAGCCUCUUUUGUACUACUGAACACAAAGUCACACGAGCUGUGUCCAAGUUACAUUUGUUAAAAAAAAAAUGACUUAAAUAAAAAAUAUUUGUACUGA